AGAAAGCCAGUCCCAUCAAGCCUGCUCCUAGGAAGAGAGCUGGGUUUUUUUCUCCUUCUUCCACUCUUAGGACAUGCCUGAUCUUCUUGAGCAGUCCAGCACAAGCUAAUCCACAAGGGUCAAUCAGGCUAAGUAAUUGGAGGAAUGUGUUAACUCUGAAUUACAACGAGCAGAAGGGAAGGAUCUGUCAGCUGACUAAUCAGGGAUAGUGCUUUUUUUUUUUUUUUUCUCCCCAGCGCUGCUGCCGCUGUGCUAAUGGAAGCAGCUACGGCAGCUUUGUUUGAUAGAGAUUUUUGGCUGCCGUUUUUAAAUACUACCCAAGAAGCAGCUCAUAUUUCAUCAAUGUUGCAUUGACAAUUGGAAAAGAAGAGUGUAAUUGUGUAUAGGCGAAAUGGCAGAAGCAAAUCCCCCGAGAGGCAAGAUGAGGUUCAGAAGGAAUGCGGCUUCCUUCCCUGGGAACUUGCACUUGGUUUUGGUUUUACGUCCUACCAGCUUUCUUCAACGAACGUUCACAGACAUUGGAUUUCGGUUUAGUCAGGAGGAUUUUAUGCUUAAAUUACCAGUUGUUAUGCUGAGCUCAGUUAGUGAUUUGCUGACAUACAUUGAUGACAAGCAAUUAACCCCUGAGUUAGGCGGCACCUUGCAGUACUGCCACAGUGAAUGGAUCAUCUUCAGAAAUGCUAUAGAAAAUUUUGCCCUCACAGUGAAAGAAAUGGCUCAGAUGUUACAGUCCUUUGGAACUGAACUGGCUGAGACAGAACUACCAGAUGAUAUUCCCUCAAUAGAAGAAAUUCUGGCAAUUCGUGCAGAAAGGUAUCAUCUAUUGAAGAAUGAUAUUACAGCUGUAACCAAAGAAGGAAAAAUUCUGCUAACAAAUCUGGAAGUGCCUGACACUGAAGGAGCUGUCAGUUCAAGACUAGAAUGUCAUCAGCAAAUAAGUGGUGACUGGCAAACUAUUAAUAAGUUGCUGACUCAAGUACAUGAUAUGGAAACAGCUUUUGAUGGAUUUUGGGAAAAACAUCAAUUAAAAAUGGAGCAGUAUCUGCAACUAUGGAAGUUUGAGCAGGAUUUCCAACAGCUUGUGACUGAAGUUGAAUUUCUAUUAAACCAACAAGCAGAACUGGCUGAUGUAACAGGGACUAUAGCUCAAGUAAAACAAAAAAUAAAAAAAUUGGAAAACUUAGAUGAAAAUUCUCAGGAGCUAUUAUCAAAGGCCCAGUUUGUGAUAUUACAUGGACACAAGCUUGCAGCAAAUCACCAUUAUGCACUUGAUUUAAUCUGCCAGAGGUGCAAUGAGCUACGUUAUCUUUCUGAUAUUUUGGUUAAUGAGAUAAAAGCGAAACGGAUACAACUCAGCAGGACCUUCAAAAUGCAUAAACUCCUACAGCAGGCUCGUCAGUGCUGUGAUGAAGGGGAAUGUCUUCUAGCUAAUCAGGAAAUAGAUAAGUUUCAGUCUAAAGAAGAUGCUCAGAAAGCCCUCCAAGACAUUGAAAAUUUUCUUGAAAUGGCUCUACCCUUUAUAAAUUAUGAACCUGAAACACUACAGUAUGAAUUUGAUGUAAUAUUAUCUCCUGAGCUUAAGGUUCAAAUGAAGACUAUACAACUCAAGCUUGAAAACAUUCGAAGCAUAUUUGAGAACCAGCAGGCUGGUUUCAGGAACCUGGUACAUAAGCAUGUGAGGCCAAUCCAAUUUGUGGUACCCACACCUGAAAAUUUGGUCACAUCUAGAACACCAUUUUUUUCAUCUAAACAAGUGGGAGUUGGAUACUCUUUCUUUCAAGCAUGUAAACUUUUUUCAAAAGGGAAGAAGACUUGGAGACAAAAUCAGAGCAACUUAAAAAUUGAAGUGGUGCAUGAUUGUCAGGAGAAGAGAAGUUCUGGUCAAUCCUCCAGUUUGGACAAUGGCAAUAGCUUGGAUGUCUUAAAGAACCACGUCCUAAAUGAACUGAUACAGACUGAGAGAGUUUAUGUUCGAGAACUGUAUACUGUUUUGUUGGGUUAUAGAGCGGAGAUGGAUAAUCCAGAGAUGUUUGAUCUUAUGCCACCUCUCCUGAGAAAUAAAAAGGACGUUCUCUUUGGAAACAUGGCAGAAAUAUAUGAAUUCCAUAAUGACAUUUUCUUGAGCAGCCUGGAAAAUUGCGCUCAUGCUCCAGAAAGCGUGGGACCUUGUUUCCUGGAAAGGAAGGAUGAUUUUCAGAUGUAUGCAAAAUAUUGUCAGAAUAAGCCCAGAUCAGAAACAAUUUGGAGGAAGUAUUCAGAAUGUGCGUUUUUCCAGGAAUGUCAAAGAAAGUUAAAACACAGACUUAGACUGGAUUCCUAUUUACUCAAACCAGUGCAACGAAUCACUAAAUAUCAGUUAUUGUUGAAGGAGCUAUUAAAAUAUAGCAAAGACUGUGAAGGAUCUGCUCUGUUAAAGGAGGCACUCGAUGCAAUGCUGGAUUUACUGAAGUCAGUUAAUGAUUCUAUGCAUCAGAUUGCAAUAAAUGGCUAUAUUGGAAACUUAAAUGAACUGGGCAAGAUGAUAAUGCAAGGUGGAUUUAGUGUUUGGAUAGGACACAAGAAAGGUGCUACAAAAAUGAAGGAUUUGGCUAGAUUCAAACCAAUGCAGCGACAUCUUUUCUUGUAUGAAAAAGCCAUUGUUUUUUGCAAAAGGCGUGUUGAAAGUGGAGAAGGCUCUGAUAGAUACCCAUCAUACAGUUUUAAACACUGUUGGAAAAUGGAUGAAGUUGGAUUCACUGAAUAUGUAAAAGGUGAUAACCGCAAGUUUGAAAUCUGGUAUGGUGAAAAGGAAGAAGUUUAUAUUGUCCAGGCUCCUAAUGUAGAUGUGAAGAUGACAUGGCUAAAAGAAAUAAGAAAUAUUUUGUUGAAGCAGCAGGAACUUUUGACAGUUAAAAAAAGAAAGCAACAGGAUCAAUUAACAGAACAGGAUAAGAUUCAGAUUUCUCUUCAGCAGAAUGAUGAACUGUACAAAAGCUUACUUAGUUUUAUACAUCACUAUUCCAGAAAGCAACAGGGAGCUUUUAUAAGUACUGAGGAAACUGAAUCGGAACACACCAGCACUGUGGUGGAGGUCUGUGAGGCAAUUGCGUCAGUUCAGGCAGAAGCAAAUACAGUUUGGACUGAGGCGUCACAAUCUGCAGAAAUCUCUGAAGAACCUGAGGAAUGGUCAAGCAACUAUUUCUACCCUACUUAUGAUGAAAAUGAAGAAGAAAAUAGGCCCCUCAUGAGACCCAUGUCGGAAAUGGCUCUCCUAUAUUGAUGAAGCUACUAUGUCAAAUGGCAAGUAGCUCUUUCCUGCCUGCUUCUCAGCUCAUUUGGAAAAAUACUGCGCAAAAGACAUUCAGCUCAAAUGAUGCAGAUGUUGUUUUCAGGUUAAUGGACACACCAAGAAACCACAGCACAUACUUCUUUUCUUUCAUUUAAUAAGGCUUUUAAUUAUGGUACGCUGUCUUUUAAAAAUCAUGUAUCUAAUGUGUCAGAUAUUGUGCUUGAAAGAUUCUCAUCUCAGAAUACUUUUGGACUUGAAAAUUAUUUCUUCUCUACUUUGUAACCAAAUGCAAUCGGUGUGCCUUGGAUUAUUUAGUUUAUUAAUGAAUUAAGUUAAAAUUACGGCUGCAAAAUGGGUAAGGUCAAGUAAAGCACAACAUUAUGAUUUAAUAUGCUUUUGUUGAAACCACAGCUUUUGUGCCCAUUAUUUUAACCUGUGUAAAACAAUACAAAGCCCAGAAAUUCUUUUUGGGGCAUGAGUAAAUUUUGUUCAGGGCUACUGUCUGUCUGUGCCCAGAUAAAAUUUUCAUGAGAGUAGUUUACAAAAGCCCUAUUUAAAAAUUAUUAUUUUCACACUUGUUUUUUUCUGGAUUUUUGCUUAUAAUUAACGUAACUUAAAUUAGUUGUGCUCUGCUAUUUUCCCUAUAUUUCAUGUUGUAAUUCUUUUUUUUCAAAUAAAAAUUGAUUCUUCAGAUUAAA